UUAUGUCGUCGAUGAGACAACGAUUAGGCCAUGAUCACUAGCCGGAUGCUGCUUUCAACUCAUCAAUCUCCCCACACGCAUCUUCCAGUUGCACUUUCAGCUCCGCUAUCUCCAUCCGCAGCUCCGCCACUAUCUCAUCAGCUUGCAGACACUCAUCACUGGCCACCGCCGCCUCCCUUGCCCUGGGAUUUCAGCUUCUGGAUCUCAUCAUCUUUAGCCUUCAUCUUCUCCUCAUAAGACGCUCUCAGCUUCUGCAUCUGCCUGUCUUUGGCACUCAUAUUCGCCGCGUUAGACGCUCUCAGCUGCCGGAUCUCACCUUCUUUGGACGCCAUCUUCUCGUCGUACGACUCCCAGGCCGCGAACUCGAACCGGUGAAUGCCUUGGCCGUCGUUGGAGUAAGCUCAAGCGACCCCGUUGAUAUCGUCGUUGUAGCCCUGGUUGAAGAAUGUCCGCACGUGCAGGAGCCCGACUGUGUUGGGCUCGCCC